CACUCUUGCUCAACCACUCUGUCCGUCUAGAUCUUGCAUGAAAUUGUUGCAUAUUAGAAGAAGCAAUUACCAUCUUUCUUUCUCUCUGAAAACUCGUGGGGAGCUUUUCUUUUCUUAAUUCUCCGGCCACCCAGGCGAUUACCGAUCUUGGGGAUCGAAGAAGUCUGGCAGGGCGGGUGCAUGCAGAUGGGGAGGGGAAUCCGAGGGAGGUUUAAGGCGGCGAUGCCGGCGAUGUCGAUGGUUUUAGCGCAGAUCGUGUUCGCAGGGCUCAACAUACUCUACAAGAUCGCCGUCGACCGGGGGAUGAGCCUCCGGGUUCUCGUCACCUAUCGUUUCAUCGUCGGAGCCGCCUUCUUGGCUCCUAUGGCUCUCUUCUUGGAGAGGAGGAACAGGGAAAGGCUCACCCCUCUCGUGCUGGUGGAAUCCUUCUGCUGUGGAUUGUUCGGGGGAUCGUUGGCACAGAAUCUAUACAUAGCCUCCAUGAAGAUGACCUCUGCAUCAUUCGUAUCUGCAAUGAGUAACUUGCAACCAACAUUCACCUUCAUCUUGGCCAUCAUCUUCAGAAUGGAGAGACUGGCAAUAAGGAAGGCGGCAGGACAGGCCAAGAUCGUGGGGACCCUGAUUGGGCUUGGUGGUGCAAUGCUGCUGAGCUUCUACAGGGGAGCCAACAUCCAGUCGUGGUCGGUCCAGACUCACUUGCUGCACCAUCCCGAUCGGGGUGGCUCAAAAGCGACGGGUAAUCGAGCCCUAGGUUCGCUCUUGGCUGUAGGCAGCACUUUAUGUUAUUCAGUUUGGCUCAUACUCCAGGCGAGACUGAGUGAGCACUACCCUCACCCUUACACCAGCACGGCCCUCUUGUGCCUCAUGGCGGCGGUUCAAUCUGCGUGCUUCGCCGGGAUCUGCGACAAGGAGGCGGCCGCGUGGAAGCUCCGCUGGGACGUCAAGCUCCUCACUGUUAUAUAUGCGGGUGUGAUGGUAUCGGGACUGAUGCUGACUGUGUCCAGUUGGUGCGUUCAAAAGAGAGGGCCCUUGUUCGUUGCCGUCUUCAACCCCUUGAUGCUCAUCAUCGUCGUCGUCUUUAGCUCCCUCUUCCUAAACGAGACCCUUCACCUUGGAAGUGUCCUUGGAGGCGCCCUGAUCGUGAUAGGAUUGUACGUGGUUUUGUGGGGCAAAGGAAAAGAGAAGCAGGAGAUGGCGAAGCUCCCCAGCCGUCGUUCAGUAACUCAAGCUACAACCACGACGGCUGCCUCUGCGAGCAUCUGCCCGGAAUCUUCCUCAUCUUUGUCGUCGGACGGUCAGAAACCAGGUGUCAGUGGUGAAGUGUAACUGGAGAGUUAGUGGUGGCGAGGAUUUCUGGAAACACCUGUGCUCGUGAUCAGCUGUGGCCUGGUGUUGAUGCAUUUUUGCAAAACUAGAAAGAUCUUUAGAGCAUUCUUUUAUUUGUUCAAAUUCUUCCAUAAUGUGAGCAUUUGGGCAAGUGAAAGCUUUAAGGCCGUUUCAGUAUAGGGGAGUUCUUCAUGUCGGGAGGAAGAUGACAAUGUAAUCAAAGAGAAUCUAUAUACGCAUCAUAGUGCUCUGAAAGUGAAAGAAGCAAGUUCUUUUAGUUGUCUAUUCCUAUGAAAAUGCCAAAUUUGUCCUAGAUCAUUGGAUUUCCCAUAGAAAUUUA